GCAGAUAGAACAGGCAGAGGAAGACUUUGUAGGAGAGAGGGAAGACCCGGGCAUUCUGUGAGUGAAGCUGCACUGGAAACUUGGAAUCUGCAGGCAGCAAGAGGACACCCUGGGUCUCUCAUUCACCUGGCCUUCCCACUGGGGAGCAGGCCAUGCACCUGUGCAGUGGGGCACCCCCCUCUGAGGAAGGGGAGCUUCGGCUGGUGAGGGAUCCCAGGGAGGUGGAGAGACAGCUGAAGCGGAGACAGAAGAACCGAGCAGCUGCCCAGCGGAGCAGGCAGAAGCAUACGGACAAGGCCGAUGAGCUGCACCAGCAACACGAGCGGCUGGAGAAGGACAACCGAGCCCUGCGGAAGGAGAUCUGGUCUCUGCAGGCCGAGGUGAAGUGGUGGGUGCAGACCUUGGAGGAGCAUGUCUGCCUCAUGGCCGUGGUUCCCGCCUCUGCCCAGACUCAUCCUGCCCGCUGGAGCCAGCCCGAGCCAGCCACCCAGGGCUCCCCACCUGGACAGCGGGCCUCCAUCAUGGUGCAGACCCUUCCCAGGCCUCUGCCGGCCCCUGCCUCUCCUUCUGCUGAGGCAACUCCUUCAUCUUCUCCCGAGCAGGCUCUGGACCCUCCCGGCCUGGUCUCCACCUGCUCCCUCUGCUCCCCUCCAGUGCCCUUCUUGGUCACCUCACCCCCCGCAGGGUCUCCCCCUGGGGCUGCCACGACUCAGACUCAGGGGGCUUCCAGCCUGCGGGCCUCGCCUUCUGUUCUCGGCCCUGGUCUCCCGGCUCCCCCACAGCUGCCUGCUUGUCUGCUGUGGUCCUACAGCCACCCUCUGCCCAGAGGGGCUCCUCCGGCCUUGGCCCCAGAGUGAGCAGGCACGACCGGGCCUGGAUCCUGCCCUCCAUCCAUUUUUUAUUUUUUUUGGUCAGGCAUUUGGGGUUAAGUGACUUGCCCAGGGUCACACAACUAGUAAGAUUUGAACUCAGGUCCUCCUGACUCCAGGGCCAGUGCUUUAUCCACUGCGCCACCUAGCCGCCCCCCCCCAAUUCAUUUUUUGACCCAUCUGCUUCUCUUUCCCUAACACAUCACACUAAUGCUCUGACCUCCCUCCCUGACCCUGACCUCAGCCUCUGAAGUUGCUCCACCAGCCCCUGCCCUCACUCACCACUUUCCUUCCCUCGGAAUCCUGACCCACAGGACUGCCAGUGUCAUCAGCUCCCUCUCUGGGGGCUGCAGAGAGGGCUGAGAGCGGGGCCGCCCACCCUGGGGACAGAACACGAGGGAGGCCCGGCUCUCACCCUGCACAUCCCUUCCUUGGCUCCAGAAUCCUGUAGCCUCCAAGGUCCAGUGGCCCAGCGGCAUUUAGGGGAGGGUUGGGAGGCACAAGGAGCCCAGGUGUUUGUCCCAGUGCCCCUGCCAGCCCCUGCUGGCUUCGAAGGCCUAGGAGAACAGAAACUGCUGAUAGCAGGACAUUUGUCUGACGUAUGAGGGACCGAUUACUGCCGGUGGCCGGCCGCUCCCUGAAAGCAGGGGCCUACUUCAGGGAGUCUGCUAAUGGACACUCCCAGCCCUGUUAGCAGUCACCAAAGAAGCCUAGCUCUUCUUCCAACUUACUGUCCCCUCAGGAAAACAUUGCCCCUGCUUGGCCUCAGUUUCUUCUCAGUUUCAAGAAGACUGAAAAGUGAUGAAAAGCUUCAAAUGCCAAGCGGAGCAUUUUGUGUUCGAUGCUAGAGGCACGAGGGGCCCCUGGAUUUUGCUGAAUUGGAGAGUCCACGAUCAGGCCUGAGCUUUAGGGAGCUCAGUUUGACAGCAAGGGGAAGAUGGACGUAGGAGUCCCAGUGAACCCGCCAGGCCUUGGCAGCUGAUUGCACCUGGGGGAUGAUGCAGGAGCCUGAGGGGCUGGGAGGAUGGGGUGCCAGCCGUCAGAGAGAAGUCCCUAAGAGGUUUUGGAGGGGAGAGGGCAAGGAUUCCACAUUGGGUGGGGUGGGUUCUGGGUGUCUGCAGGGCGUUCAGCCCAAAGUGUCCAGUGAGCAGCUAGAGAUGCCCAGCUAGAGUCUGGGAGAGAGGUUAGGGCUGGAGAAGUAGAUUUGGUCGUCCUCGGCACAGAGGUGACCGAUCAUGGAAUCUGGGGUUGCCGAUGCCGUCCCCCAGCCAGAAGGCAGAGGAUCAGAGAAGAGGCCCGAGUCUCAGUCCGUCCACUCCCCAAAUGCUCUUCCCGCCUGAUGCUCUCAGGCCCUCCUGGGUGGUGGAAGCAGCUGUCGGUAGCUGACAGUAAGGGGGAGUGGGGGGGGGGCCCUGCCUCCAAGGGGCCCUGGGAGCUCCUUCCCCCUCCUGGAGCCCACCUGGACUGACCAUGGGAGGAGGAAGUGGAGGAAAUGUCAGCCCCGCUUCCAGCAGGAGGGAGCCAGAGAGGCUGUCCCACCCCUCCCCAGCCUGAGGAGGCCAAGAGCCUCAGAAAUCCAAGUCUAAGCCCCAGCCUGGGCAUGGCCCUGAGGCCCAGAGAGGAGGACUCUGUGCCAUGGGGCACAGAGAGCUGCAACAAACACCCGCUGCCUCAGUUUCCAUAGUUGUGUAGAGAAACACCACGUGGUUACAGUCUGAGGUGUCGGGGUCCUCUGUGAGAGCUGGGGCAGGGGUGGGGAUAAGGUGGGGGUCACAGAAAAUAAAUGGAAGAGUCUUCA